CCUGCCUUCAGUCACCCCUAGAGCUUCCCCCUAGAGAGAUCACGCUCAUGCCCGAGCCAAGGGGGCUUCCACCCUCAGCCCCCGACCCUUGACUCUGCCCAGCUUAUCCCCCCCAAUCCUGGCUCCUGGCACCAUGCCCCAGAGCCAGCCAAGCUUCCCUCCCCCAACUCUGGGGCCGCCCCUGGGUUCCUGUGCUCUGGCCGCUCCUCCUGGGUGGCACUGGCAGCCCUGGUCUUCCUAGAGAUACUGCCACAAAAUUCUCCUGGGGGACUGGAGGGGGCGCCUCGGGGGACACUUGCCCCGCAGCGGGGUGCCAGGAGUACCGACAGUACCUCUAGCUCGCUUUCCUCCUCCCUCCUGUCCAUUAUCAAGUUCCUUUUUCUUUCUCCCUUGCGUAACGCUCUCCUUCCCUUCUGCACCGCUUGCCUGCACCCCCACCCUCCUGCCAACGCUGUCACCCUACAACCAAGAUCAGGGCUGUUAGCAGGGUCCUGGGUUCAUGCCAGCCUCAUCUCCUUUCUUGCUAGCCCCCAAAGGGCCGCAGGGCGACCCGGGGGGCCCAGUUCGAGAGCCAGCACUCUCAGUGGCUCUCUGGUUGAGUUGGGGGGCGGCUCUGGGCGCUCUGGCCUGUGCCAUGGCUCUGCUGGUCCAACAAACAGAGCUGCAAAGCCUGAGACGAGAGGUGAGCCGGCUGCAGAGGGGUGGCGGGCCCUCCCAGAAGGCCGACGAGUAUCCCUGGCAGAGACCUUGGGAGCAGCAGAGCCCCGAAGCCUUGGAAGCCUGGCAGAAUGGGGAGAGACCCCGGAGACGGAGAGCUGUGCCCACCCAGAAGCAGAAGAAGAAGCGCUCAGUUCUUCAUCUUGUUCCCAUUAACAUCACCUCCAAGGAGGACUCCGAUGUGACGGAAGUGAUGUGGCAACCAGCUCUUCAGCGCGGGAGAGGCCUGGAGGCCCAAGGAUACGUUGUCCGAGUCUGGGACAGUGGAUUUUAUCUGCUGUAUAGCCAGGUCCUGUUUCAUGACGUGACUUUCACCAUGGGUCAGGUGGUGUCUCGGGAGGGCCAGGGAAGGCAGGAGACUCUUUUCCGAUGCGUCUGCAGCAUGCCCUCCGACCCGGAUCGGGCCUACAACAGCUGCUAUAGUGCAGGGGUCUUCCAUUUACAUCAAGGAGAUACCCUGAGCGUCACAAUUCCCCGGGCAAGGGCAAAAUUCAGCCUCUCUCCACACGGCACUUUCCUGGGGUUCGUGAAACUGUGAUUGUGUUAGAAGAUGUGUUUCUGAGCGUGGUACCCGUCAGAGAUGGCCGGGGGAGCUGGCUAAACCAAGGACAGGGCAUGGGGCAGCAACAGAGACCUCUUCCUGGGUUUGGGUCUCUGCUCCUCUCCUUUCCUUCUCCACUCCCAAUCCUCCCCUCCCACCCCGACUUUUGAGUGAGUGGACACGAAAGAGGCAGAAUAUUUUGCUUUUAUCCCCCCACCGAAACGCCUGUGUGUGUAUGUAUGUGGAGUGGGGGACCCUGGCAGGCAUUGUGUAUACACCUGCCACGCUUAGGUCCACUGGAACGCAUCCAGAACUGCACCACCACCUAGUGGCAGCUGGAGGGAAUGGCUCUGCUCGUAGGCCCUCCGCAAGGGGAAAACCCGUUUCCUACAGCACGCCUCUCUCCGGGUACCCUCUGCCUCUUCCUUCUCUCCCAGCACCAUCCCUCUGCAGAGGCCUACCUAGUAUGCACCUGUCUGCGGCCACAGCAUUUUUGGGGACCCACGUUUUGCCUUUCGCGUGGCGUGGCCCAGCUCCCGGCUGGACUGGUUCCCGGGAACCUUGGAUACAUCCCGCCUCGCACCCACCUUCCCCUCCAUCCCCAAGGGCAGGUCCUGCUUCACUCUAAUGAGCUCUCUCUUCGGCUCAAUCCCUGCCUAAAAGUGAAAUAAAAUGAAUGAUACACGCUG